UCCCUCGGCAGCUCCUGUACCUUCCUCACCAAGUCAGGAAGUUUCAUUCAUUUUUGUUCUGUUACAAUUCCUGCUUCAACUUUUUAAAGAUUUGUUGCAUUUCAAAAUGCGUCGGAGACCUGAAGCCCAGGCAGCAAGCAGCGAACCUGGAAACGUUAGUAAAAAGGAUGGAGACCAAAGAGCGGGGCGCCCGGCUGAAGCUAAAMGCAGUGUGUUUUUCAGCUCCCUUCUCCUAAACUUUGGAAAGUUUCUACUUUUAAUCAUCAUUGUUCCCCCCUUCCUAAAUUACGCAUCUCUGCAGGGAGAAGGACGGAUGCUUUUUCCAACAGAUGGACAGCUUGUUGAUAUUGGUUUGGGUCAGAARAUGCAUCUUCUGUGUAAAGGACAAGGAAAACCAGUUGUUAUACUGGAUGCACCGACUGGAAUGUCAGCAGAUAUUUGGUUUCAUGUCCAAAACAAAGUUUCCUCUUUGACAAAGGUUUGUACCUAUGACAGAAUGGGACUGGGCUUCAGCAAGCGGCUGAUGCAGAAUGAAACAACAGGAACAGAGAAAGUCUGGGGCAUGUCUACAACCGGACGGAUGGUGGAUGAUCUGCACCGACUCCUGCAGGCUGCAGGGAUCGCCGCGCCCUUCAUCCUAGUUGGCUCUGAGCUCGGAGCGUUCAAUGCCAGGUUCUACAGCCACAUUCAUGAUGUGCUGGUGUCAGACCUGGUGCUGAUCGAUCCCAUUCCAGAGACCAUUUUUGAAGACGAUCAGUGGAAGGAGUACUGGUAUGGGAAGCUGCUGCAAUUCCACCAAAGCCGGCAGUUUUCAGCAGCUACAGGACUGAGCCGCAUCCUGAUCAUCCUGGGAGUCGAGCCGAAGCUAAAAGUCAAAAAUGCCUCAGAGGAAGUGAUCCAGCGCCAGAGGUACCUCCUCUGUAACCCCGCCCACCAGAGCAGUGCUGUAGAUGAGUAUUACUUCAUGAAUGAAAGUGCAGCUCAAGUAAGGGAUAUAAAAACAUUUAAACCCCUUUCUGGCAAGAUUUCAGUGAGUGUCUUCACUGGGGAUUCCUUUGAUGAGGAAAUGCCAGAGCACCUAAACCAGAUGGUGACUGAACAUCAAAAGAGGUUCCUGAAGGAAUCCUACCCAUCAGCCAAUCAUGUUCACAUAAAAAGAGCAGACCAGCAAAUGAUCUACAACAAGCCAUCUGCCAUCAGCCAGCACCUGUGGAAGCUGGUGAGCCAGCGACAAGCCAGACCGCAGAGCGAGUGACCCGUGGCCAGAAAGGAGGGACGCCCCGGACACGGGGUCGAGUGAUAAUCAAAUAGGUUUUAAAUAUUCAAUAAAAUGUUCCGCCUAUCUUUUUUUACCUUUCUGCACGGCAGUUUGUGGAGAUUGUCUAGGUGUCUGCUGAGGUUCAUCAGAAAGUCAAUUUCAGAACAUGUUUUUGCUCAGCUCUGUCUCAUUGGAAGCUUUUUAAUUGAAGAUAACUGGGGGGUAGUCAAUGUGAUGAAAUAUUUUCUGUCUUAGAUUCAUCUUAUCUUUCAAGUUGUUAUUUCAGGCUCUUUGCCAGAUUGGCCAGUGCCAAAAUUUAAUACAUUAUUCCUUAUCAAGGUAAAAGGCCACACAGACACACACAUCACUGCUCAACUCAAUACUUUUAUCUCAUUCAGUUCUGUCUUAAUAUUUUGCCACAUUAGAGCUAAACAUUAAGGUACUUUGGAUUAUUUUUGCUCCAUUUCAUUACUUUUCUUUGUAUCUAGCUUGUAAUUGAGUUUCAACCAGAUGUGGAAUUCCGUUUUGGUCUUUUGCAAAUUGAAAGUAAAUUAAUUUUUUUUCAAAAAACAAAUGUUUUAGUGGUUAUUGUCGGAUCUAGAGUCCAGGAACCUUCACAGUCAACAUUGUCAUUGUUGUUCAGAAUGACAAAACAUAAUAAAAAAAUAAAAAACGUAAUGAAAGUCA